GCCAACCACAAAAUGACUAAGUUGUGUUGGUAAUGCGUAAAGGAAUGACUGGCUGAUUGCAUUUUAUUAGUGAAAUUUCUAUAUAAACACAUUAGAAUGGAAGAAAUUGGAAUUAUAUUACCCGAUAAGGAAGAAAAUAGCCAAGACUUCAAACCGAUUUCGGGGCCUGUAAUUGGUUCGGGAGAAGAGGUAGAUGUAGAAGAUCUUUACACAAAAUACAAGAAACUGCAGCGGCAACUCGAGUUUCUUGCUGUUCAGGAGGAAUACAUCAAGGAUGAGCAGCGCAACCUGAAGAAGGAAUACCUUCACGCACAGGAGGAGGUGAAGCGAAUCCAGAGUGUUCCACUCGUCAUAGGGCAGUUCUUGGAAGCUGUUGAUCAGAAUACUGGCAUCGUAGGGAGCACGACUGGUUCAAAUUAUUAUGUGCGGAUACUGUCCACCAUAGAUCGGGAGCUACUGAAGCCAUCUGCCAGUGUGGCUCUGCACAAGCACAGUAAUGCACUUGUUGACGUGCUGCCACCAGAAGCCGACUCAUCCAUAUCCAUGUUGCAGGCAGAUGAGAAGCCAGAUGUGCAAUAUGCAGAUAUUGGUGGGAUGGACAUGCAGAAGCAGGAGAUCCGGGAGGCCGUUGAACUGCCCUUGACACAUUUCGAGUUGUACAAGCAGAUCGGUAUUGAUCCUCCACGUGGUGUACUGAUGUAUGGCCCACCCGGCUGUGGCAAAACCAUGCUGGCCAAAGCAGUGGCCCACCAUACAACAGCCGCAUUCAUCCGAGUGGUGGGAUCAGAAUUUGUACAGAAGUACCUUGGCGAGGGGCCCCGGAUGGUUCGAGAUGUCUUCCGAUUAGCCAAAGAAAACUCACCAGCUAUAAUAUUUAUUGAUGAGAUCGAUGCCAUUGCCACGAAGCGUUUUGAUGCACAGACGGGUGCCGACAGAGAGGUGCAGCGUAUCUUGCUGGAGCUGCUGAACCAGAUGGAUGGCUUUGAUCAGACCACAAAUGUAAAGGUGAUCAUGGCUACCAACCGUGCAGACACACUUGAUCCAGCUCUGCUUCGGCCUGGGCGAUUGGACCGUAAGAUUGAGUUCCCAUUACCAGAUCGACGACAGAAGAGGCUCGUAUUUUCCACAAUCACAUCAAAGAUGAACCUCAGUGAAGAAGUUGAUCUAGAGGAUUAUGUGGCACGUCCUGAUCGCAUCUCUGGUGCAGAUAUCAAUGCCAUCUGUCAGGAGGCUGGAAUGCAUGCAGUCCGUGAAAACCGAUACAUCGUCCUUGCAAAGGACUUUGAAAAGGGUUAUAAGAAUAAUAUCAAGAAAGAUGAGUCAGAACAUGAGUUCUACAAGUGAAGUGUUCUAAUGUUGUCAAAGAGAUGGACCUGCUCUGUGUUGCAGGAUCAGAAACAGUCUCACCCAGCAGAACUAACUUAUUCAUUUGGAUUUAAAAUAAAAAUUUUUACACUAAACCUCUCACUUCAUUUCAUGCUUUAGAAUUCUGAGUGAUUGGUCUUUAGAAUGGAUAAUUUCCAUGUUCUUUGUUUCUUUGUAUACAUGAGCAGAAUACUCUGAUCAUCUUUGAGGAUGCAUCAUCAGCAUUAAUAUUAUUUCACUCUAAAAUAUGGCAUCGAUUUGAUGAAGGUUUGGUAUUAAUUUUUCAGCCUAUAAACCAAGAUCCCUGUGAUACAGAAGAUCUCAUUGACACAGGAAUUCUCUUGUGCAAGGUUGCUUACUCAAGUAUGUUGCACCGUCAGAGAUGUUUUAGACACACUUUAGUUCUAAUGAGUCAGAAAGUUACUUCAUCUGUGUUUGCAUUUGGUUUUAUGGGAAACAUUUGAUAAAAGGUUCUGAGGUGUUUGGAAUUCUGUUCACUGGUGACAGCAAUGCAGACACAGUGUUUACUCUUCUACAUGUAACUGAAACAAAGAUAUAAAUUGAAAUGUCACAGUAAUA